AUGAAAACUUGCAAAAUUCAUGAUCUUCUUCGCCAACUAUGCCUAAGUGUAACUCAUACUGAAAAUGUUGUGCAUAUCGUGAAUGGGAAUGUUCCCAUGUUCUUAUUGGAAGCCAUAGAUGAUCAACGGCGUGUGAUCGUUCUGUCUAAACUUGAAGAGAAGCAAGUUUAUCCUCCAAUGCAUAGCAAUGGUAUAACAAGUAUAGCUCGUACCUUUAUUUCAAUGCAAUAUUUUCAGUACUCCGAUUUUCCAGAAGGGAUCUGUUCCAUUUUUUCAGAGUUCAAGUUGCUUAAGGUGUUGGAUGUAUUAAAUGUUUGGUUAGAUUUCUCUAGUGUAAUACCUGAGCUUGUACAUUUGAGAUAUGUUGCUGCAAGUAUUGAGGAAGCUCUUUCACUAGACAAAUUGAGAAAUCUACAGACCAUAAUUCUUCAAAGAAAUAUCGGUAUCAACAGCUCUAGAGAGUUGGAGCAGCCAGUAGAUAUCUGGAGAAUGUUAGAGCUAAGACAUGUGGAUAUCAGAUCGCCACUAUAUAUAUCUAAUCCUCUUGAGGCAGAAAAUCCUUUGUUUCUCAAUAACUUGCAAAAUCUUUAUCUCUAUAACUCUCCUUUUAUUGUGGAAAUCAUAAGAAGAACUCCCAAUCUAAAAAAGCUAAAGUUGUUGAUAGAUGAUUCUGAUCAUCCUGACUGGCCUGCAAUUCUUGAUUCUCUAAUUCUUCUAGAGGAUCUGGAGACGCUACUCAUAAAGCUGGAGAGCAUUGACCUGAACAUUUUCUCUGGAGAUAUUUUGUCUUGUAAAAUCAAGAAAUUAAGUCCUAAUAUCAAGAAAUUGAUGUUAUUAGGUACUUAUAUACCAUGGGAAGUUGUGAAUUUGUUGGCUAAUUUACCUAAUCUUGAGGUGAUCGGAGGGGAGUAUGCAUUUGCUGGAACAGAUUGGAAAGUAGAUGAAGAUGUUGUAUUUCACAAAUUAAAAUAUCUACAAAUUGGUGAAGCAGAUCUGGAAAGGUGGGAAGCAACUGGUAGUGAUAAUUUUCCUAUGCUUGAGCAACUAAUACUUUAUGGGUUGGAUAAACUGGAGGAGAUUCCGGAGAGUAUUGGAGAUAUAAUGACACUAAAAUUGAUCAAAAUAGAUAAUUGCAGCUCUUCUGUAGAUAAUAGUGCUAAGAGAAUUCAACAAGAGAAUGAAGAUGAAGUAAGAGAAGGGGACUUGAAGGAAGCUGGUGAUGAUUAUACUGCUUCUCAUUAUAUACUUCCACAUCUUCUCAAUUUAUAUUCAUCACGAGCCAAGGCACAAGAUUUUGAGAUUUAUGGUCCAAAUGCAACAUUUGAAGAUCCCCUUAUGCAUGCAGAGGGGGUAAAGCAGAUUAAAUUGUCAUUCUAUUCGCUUGGGAAGGUGUUCAGUGAGUCGAGAAUCGUGGAGUACAACGUCAUACAGAAAGAAAUUUCUCCUGUAAAUAAAGAGAUUUUAAUUGAAAACAAACAAUAUUACAAGUUCUUGGGGAAAGACAUUCAUAUGAUAUCACUAAUCAAGUUGUACACAGAAGGAGGAAAGGUUGUUCGUCAUGAAGAUUGCUGGGAUAAGAAACCUUUAUGGAAUAGGGAGACAGCGAAGGUACCACUUGUUGGUCGUGUGAUGAAGGUAUCUCGUAGAGCUUCAAUGCUUUUCACAGAUGCACUAGUGGGGUUUGGAAAAGAUCCCUCCAUGUAAAUUGUAGUGCACUAUUUAUAAGUGUUUGAGGAUGUAAU